CCACUUUGUCAACGUUAUGCAUGACGCUAUGCCACCUUUACGCAAUGCAAGCUUACUUGCUAGUUAGCUGUUUAUCUUAAUAUAGCUUUCAUAUGGUAGAAGCUUACCUCACUGUUCGUUGGCUGUUUUACAACCAGCCUAACCAACGAUAGCUUGUUAUCUUUCUUGCUGGCUUGGUAGUUAUCGGAUAUUCGUCGCCUACGCGCCCGUAGUAGACACCAGGGACGUCUGUGGCCUGGUUCAAGCAAAAAAGUUUCUGGGAUGCCAAGCUGUAGACUUUCUGUGGACAAACACGUGCCCUGCUUCUUGGGGCGUGGUCACAGACUCUCGAAAGGGGUCUGUGUUCCCGACAUUCCAAGAGCCAAACACAAUGUUAAAGAACCACAGAUAACAGGCACAGUGUUUUUAAGCACAGUUUUUCUCUGAAAUGUGCCUGUAGAAACAGAGACAUAUUAUCUUUUUUAAAAUAUUAAUCGUUGACUAAUAUUUUGAUUAAAAAAAAAAAAAAAAAACAACAAAACCUUUCCAUCUUUAUGAAAACGACUCGCUCCCCAUCACUGCCUGAGAUGAGAUUCCGGAUCUACAAGAGGAAGGUGGUCAUACUGAUCAUGGUGAUGCUGGCUUGUGGCUUCGCUUUUUGGAGCGGCAGCAGGCAGAAGAAAGGCGAGGUGUUCUCCAAGGAGCUGCCGAGGGCCAGCCCGGUGCAGGCGACCCCCGCUAACCGGAGACCGAGCAACGAAAGUCACCUGGAGCCAGCGGUCAAAGCAGAGGCGGACAACAUGACUUUAGUGUACAGGGCGACCGUGUUCCAGCUGAACUUCGACCAAACCAUCAGGAACGAGGACAAGUUCAGAAAGCGGCCAAAAGACGACCUGGUGGUGGUGGUCCAGGUUCACAACAGACUUGAAAAUCUGAAACUGUUGAUCGAGUCCCUUCGGAGAGUGAGGGGCAUCGAGACUGUGCUGCUUAUAUUUAGCCAUGACUACUGGUCGCCAGAGAUCAACCAGAUAAUCGCCGCCAUCGAUUUUUGCCCGGUCCUCCAGAUUUUUUUCCCCUUCAGCAUCCAGCUCUACCCUCAAGAGUUCCCAGGGAAUGACCCCAGAGACUGCCCAAGAGACAUUCCCAAGAUAGACGCCUUAAGGCUGGGUUGCAACAAUGCAGAGUACCCCGACUCAUUCGGCCACUACAGAGAAGCCAAAUUCUCCCAGACCAAACACCACUGGUGGUGGAAGCUAAACUUUGUCUGGGAAAAGGUCAAUGUGUUGAAAGACCACAAUGGACUGGUGCUGCUCAUUGAAGAUGACCACUUCCUCUCGCCUGACUUCUACUACCUCCUCAAGAAGAUGUCCUCUCUCAAGAGAGAGCAGUGCCCGGACUGCGACAUCCUCUCACUGGGGGGAUAUGGGCACGUCGGCUAUUCCAGCAAGGCAAACAAAGUGGAGGUGAAGGCCUGGAAGUCCACAGAGCACAACAUGGGAAUGGCCUUGAGCAGACAGACUUACCUGAGGCUCAUGCAGUGCGCAGACACCUUCUGCACCUACGAUGACUACAACUGGGAUUGGUCCCUGCAGCACCUCACCGUCGCUUGCCUGCCCUCCUUCUGGAAGGUCAUGGUGAGCGAGGCGCCCCGCAUCUUCCAUGCCGGGGAGUGCGGGGUGCACCACAACAAGGCCUGCAUGCCGUCUGGCCAGAAGACCAUGAUCGACAGAGUCCUCCAGGGCAGCAGCAACCAGCUGUUUCCAAAGAGCUUGCUCAUCACCAAGAGACUGCCUGCCGUUGGGGUGUCUCCCCAAGUCAAGAAUGGGGGCUGGGGGGACAUCAGGGACCACGAACUUUGCAAAAGCUACCACAAGUUACAGUGACAUUGCUUGACGAUAGUUGCAUCCUCUUUUAGAGAAAAAAAAAACAAAAGAAAAGCCUGAAUUUACCUAUUUUUCAUGUAUGGAUAGUUUCCUUGCCUGUCACUUUACAGGGCUGACCAAAUUAAAGCAAAUGUUUUGAGGCUUCAACAUAAUAAAGCACACAUGUUUUGGGGCUUCUACUUCUUUACAUAAUAAAGUAAAUAUUUUUGCUUGUGAA